AUGCCUUCUGUGGAUAUCAAUUAUGACAAGCUGAAAGAGUUGCUUUCCAAGGACUCCAGUACAGAUGGCGGAUCAGCAACUCCGGCGAACACAAUUGAGACACCGUUGGGUACAAUUAUGGUCGAGAUACAGGGAUCUUUGGAACUUCCUACAAGUAUAGACGAAGAUAGCGAGCUCAGCAAGAAGUUUGACGGGGUAGAUGCAGUGAAGUUUGGGAGUUUGAAUAUAGAGGACAAGAAAGCGGUACUGUAUGUGGGUAAGAAACAGAGGCUUCUUGGGAAAGUUGUAAAACUUAGUACACCACUGGGAAUACUGAAAUUUAACGAAGGUAAAAAUGUAGAGAUGCUGGACAUCAUUGAAUACAAAGUAAUAUUCUCUGAUAGGCCCCUCCCGAUCAUGUAA